AUGCUAUUAAAAUAUUGUGAUGAUUAUGAUUACUUGGAUGAUAAUGAUUGUGAAGAUGAUAAUAUCCUCUGCGUUUCAUUUAAGGAUAUAAUAUUCGGAAUGUCAGAGCAAUUUGAAGAUGAAAAAACCCAUAUGAAUAAUUGUGAAUCACCAAUAAUUUAUCCAAAAUAUUCAUGGCAAAUUAAAACUGACAAAUAUUUUAAUUUUAAUACAAACUUAAAAUCAAUUGUCCUAUCUGAUAAAUUGGAAAAAGCACAAAAAUGGAUAACAUUUCAAACUCGUUACAAUAUAAAAUUUCCAUUACAAACAAUAGCUCCGAAAAUUCAGCAAUCCCGUGUUGUAAAAAAAUCAACAAUCCCAAAAGAUGUUGCCAUAUAUCGUAAACGUAAAAAAUAUUCAAACAUAAAUUUUUAUCAAUUAUUAAAAGAUGCGAAAAUUGAUAAUAUUCAAUUGUAUCCGAUUGAAAUAAUUGAAAAAAUCUAUUCAAGUUAUUUUAAAUCAGAAAAUAUUUAUAAUUUAGAAAAUUUUUUACCUUUACAUUGGUUUGAUAAUAAAGAUUUCGAUGAAUAUAAUGAAAUUGAUUGGAUUAAUUUAGGUAAAAUUGGUAAUGAAAAUUAUCCUUUGCCUGCAUUAGGUUGUUCUUUUGAUAUUGAAAUAAAAGAUUGGUAUAUUUAUAAAAAUUCAAAAAUAUUUAAAUUUUUAAAACAAAUUCAAUUAAGAAUGGAAAAUUCAUUACAAUUUUUUAUUGAAAAUUCAAUAACAAGUUUUAUAAAUAUUUUAUGUAAUCCUUGCAAUCUAAUGAAAAAUAUUUCAAAUGAUUUUACUUGGAAAAAUGAUUUUAUUAAAAGUGAAUUUCAAAGUGAACAACAUUCAACAAUAUUUUAUGUUAUUUUAAAUAUAAAUGAUGAAUUUGGUGCUCAUUUAUCAACAAAUCCAAAUGAUUUUUUACCAGCUCUAUUAAAUUUUUAUGAAACAUCAUUGAUAUUUGCCAAAAAUUUAUAUUUAUAUUGUGGUGAUCAUAUUGAAGAAUUAUUUCAUCUUAAUAAGAAAAUUUUAAUUGAAUCUUAUACAAAAGCAAUAAUACCAUUAAUAUCAUAUACCAAGAAAUAUAAUCAAUUUUGUGAUUUAUACAAUUUUAAUAUUCCAAAUUUUAUCACUAAAUUAAAAAAUCAAAAUCAAAAUGCAAAUAAUUUGAAACAAUUUAUAAUUAAUUAUAAAAAUUUAAAAGAAAAUUUAAUUGAAAUUUUACCAGAAAAUAUUAUAAUUGGUCCAUUUUUUAUUGAUAUACAAUAUUUAAAAAAUUAUUUAAUUCAAAAAUAUGAUGAUAUAAUUAAUGCAAUUUUAAUUUAUUAUACUGAAAGAAUGAAAGAAAUUAAUGAAAAUCUCUAUGAAAAUCUUAAUUUAAUUUUUAAUAAAUUAACUGAAAAAUCAAAUUCCGUUGAACAUUUAUUAGAAAUUAAAAUAUGGUACGAUAAUAUAAUACCAAAUGAAUUGGAUAUUUUAAAUGAAAAAAUUAAAAUUAUGAAUUUUGAAUAUAAUAUUUUAGAUUAUUUUUUAUAUAAUUUAACAAAUGAACAAUUUAAUUUAAAAUGGCAAACAUACGCUUACCCUUUACAUAUUAAAAAUAAAAUUAAUGAAAAAAAUGAACAAUAUAAAAUUGAUAUAGAAAUAUUUAAAAAAGUUCAAAUAAAUGAUUUAAUUAAAUAUAAAGAAAAUAUUGAAAUUCUUAAUGGAAAAAUAAUAGAAUUUCAAAAUAAUAAUAUUUUCGAUUUAAAUAAAAUUGAAGAAAAUGAAUUAAAUGUAAAAAAAUUAAUGAAAUCCAUAGGUGAAAUGGAAAUUUUAGGUGAAUUAUUAUGGAAAAGACAAAAGAUAUUUGAAUUAAAUGAAUUUUCAUUGGAACAAAUAAAUACAAUUAAAUUAAAUUUUCAACCAUAUUAUGAUUUAUGGACAACAUUUUUAUUAAUAUUAAAAUUACAAGAAUAUUGUAUUGUUAAUCCAAUGCAAAAAUUAAAUAUAAUAGAAAUUAAAAAUAAAUUUGAAUUAUUUAUGAAUGUAUUAAAAAAAUUGAAUAUUAUAUUUAAUGAACAAUUCGAAAUUAAAAAUAUUAUUAUGGUAUUUAUUGAAAAAAUUAAUAAUUUUUCGGAUAAAUUAGAAAUUCUUGAAUUAUUAAAAAAUGAUCAAUGGUCAAUGACUAAUUGGAUGGAAUUGAAUAUAAAAGGGAAGUUAGAAAUAAAAUAUUCACCGAAUAUUAAUUUACAAUAUUGUAUUAAAAAAGGUAUUUUAAAACAUAUCGAUUUAAUUAGAGAAAUUGCAAAAGGUGCUACUCAAGUAGUUGUAGAGGAACAAGAUAUUGAAGAUGAUCAUGACAAAUAG